GCUUAAUCAGUGCUGCUCUCUCUGGAAUGAUAUCCACUUCUCUUAACUCUGGCUUGGGUUUAUGAUACGACGGAAUCCGAUUGAUCUGCUCCUGUUGGAGCCGCAUUCUUAUUGACGUCAAAUAUCCUAGUCUUUACCUGCCGGUUGCCAUCGCUUCCAAGACCCACUCAUCUCUGGUCGUUUCACCCCUUGGAAUAUCAUGCCGGAUUCCAGACCAGAUGGCCACGAUGCUAAGCAAUCAGGGUCGACUCCCCUACGACGGGAGCGGGCCCCGACCAUAACUAUCGACACGUCGGCUGUAACGGCCUCGACUGACCAGCACGCACCACCGCAACAGAUCCUUCCCACGCCAUCACAGCCUUCUUUGCAAGUGUCAACCGAAAAUGUUGAUGCGAAUGAUAUGAGCGCGCUCCUGAGUAGUGGGGGUGUCUCUCCGUCUUCAGUCCGCUCUUUUGCUUCAUCCGAACCCCGGGACUACGAGAGUCGACCCACCUCUCCUCACAAUAUCUCAUCUCCUGCAUCGAAAACCACCGAGGCCAUGUCGAAUUCGAAUUAUCUAGCGGUCCCGGGCACGAGAUCUCGCGGCAACUCGCUAGAAUCCGAAGACUCAAACCAUUCAGCCAGCUCAUACGGGGGGGAUACUUACGUACCCACUGCAUCCCACGGAUCGCACACGGAUUUGACCCAGAACACCAUUGUUCCUGACGAGGAUGCCCUCAAGCCGGAUCCGGGACGAGAGGCGGAGUUCGAGGUGGCAGACAACAAAUUUGCGUUCUCGCCUGGCCACCUGAAUAAACUGUUGAACCCCAAGAGUCUGGGUGCCUUUCAUGCCCUCGGUGGGCUGCGUGGAAUCGAAAAGGGGCUUCGGACCGACACGCGGAGUGGCUUGAGCUUGGAUGAGGGGGAUUUGGAUGGUACCGUGAGCUUCGAGGAUGCAACAUCGACGCAGACGUCCGAAAACCUGCCAAAAUCCGCUUCUCCGGUACCCCAGACCCCUCCUAGGUCCGACACAAGCUCAUCGAAGCACGUUGAGCAUACCUUUACGGACCGAAGCCGGGUUUAUGGGAGGAACCAGCUUCCCGAGAGGAAAGCCAAGAGCUUCCUGGAGCUGGCUUGGAUUGCGUAUAAUGACAAGGUCCUCAUUCUGCUAACGAUAGCUGCGAUUAUCUCUCUCGCUCUCGGUAUCUACCAGUCUGUCACAGCAACAGGGGAUGAGGCACGUGUGCAAUGGGUCGAAGGUGUGGCUAUCAUUGUGGCUAUUCUAAUCGUGGUCGUUGUGGGUGCUGCCAACGACUGGCAAAAGGAACGCCAAUUUGUCAAAUUGAACAAGAAGAAAGAUGACCGGAUGGUGAAGGUGGUUCGCUCGGGAAAAACUGCGGAAAUCUCCAUCCACGAUCUCCUCGUCGGUGAUGUUAUGCACCUCGAACCCGGUGACCUGAUUCCUGUUGAUGGCAUCUUCAUUGACGGCCAUAAUGUCAAAUGUGAUGAAUCCUCUGCCACUGGUGAGUCAGACGUGUUGCGCAAGACCCCCGCCAACGAUGUCUACCGAGCGAUCGAGCAACAUGAGAGCAUCUCGAAGCAUGACCCCUUCAUUGUGUCUGGCGCCAAGGUAUCCGAAGGUGUGGGAACGUUUUUGGUCACUGCAGUUGGAGUCAAUUCGACAUACGGAAAAACAAUGAUGUCUCUCCAGGAUGAAGGCCAGACAACUCCGCUGCAAUCGAAGUUGAACGUCCUCGCAGAAUACAUCGCGAAACUCGGCCUUGCAUCCGGAUUACUUCUGUUUAUCGUCCUGUUCAUCAAGUUCCUCGCUCAAUUGAAAGGCAUGGGCGGUGCCUCCGAGAAAGGCCAGGCUUUUCUACAGAUCUUCAUUGUGGCUGUCACCGUUAUUGUUGUUGCUGUCCCGGAAGGAUUGCCUUUGGCUGUCACUCUGGCGCUCGCAUUUGCAACGACACGGAUGCUUAAGGACAAUAACCUCGUACGCCUGCUUCGAGCCUGUGAAACCAUGGGGAACGCGACGACCAUCUGCUCCGAUAAAACCGGCACACUGACCGAGAAUAAAAUGACGGCCGUGGCAGCCACCCUGGGAAAGAAUCUCCGAUUUGGAGGCAAAUCCACGGGAGCCUCGAGUCGUCCUGACGGCGACCGGGGUCGUGAUCCUGCGACCACCCUUUCCCCAUCCGAGUUUGCCUCGAGUCUUUCUGCUUCAGCCAAAGAUCUAUUGACCAAGUCGAUUGUACUGAACUCUACCGCAUUCGAGGGGGAGCAGGACGGCACAAUGACCUUUAUCGGAUCGAAGACUGAGACUGCUCUCCUGGGCUUUGCGCGUACGUAUCUUGGGCUCGGGUCUCUUAGUGAGGCACGGGAUAAUGCCAACCUUGUCCAGAUGGUGCCAUUCGACUCGGGACGCAAGUGCAUGGCAGUCAUCAUCAAGAUGGACAAUGGUAAAUAUCGGAUGCUGGUCAAAGGUGCAUCGGAAAUCUUGGUUGCGAGAUCCACGCGCAUCGUCCAUAAUGCUACUCAGGAUCUGUCGGAGGGCCCUAUGUCGGACCAGGACCGGUCGAGCUUGGAUAAUGUGAUCGACCAUUACGCGUCUCAUUCAUUGCGAACCAUCGGCCUGGUUUACCGGGAUUUCGACCAAUGGCCACCUCGUGGUGCCCCUACACAUGAGGAGGAUCGUUCUAUUGCUGUAUUUGAUGCAAUCUUCAAGGAUAUGAUCUUGCUGGGCGUCUUCGGUAUCCAGGAUCCCCUGCGACCGGGCGUAACUGAGUCUGUCCACCAAUGCCAGCGCGCAGGUGUCUUUGUGCGUAUGGUUACUGGCGACAACAUCAAUACGGCCAAAGCUAUCGCCCAAGAAUGCGGCAUCUUCACUCCUGGAGGUAUUGCCAUCGAGGGCCCCAAGUUUCGUCAGUUGAGCAGUCGCCAGAUGACGCAAAUUAUCCCUCGGCUGCAGGUUCUGGCCAGGUCCAGCCCCGACGACAAGCGGAUCUUGGUUUCUCAGCUCAAGAAGUUAGGUGAAACGGUGGCAGUGACGGGCGACGGCACCAACGAUGCCCAGGCUCUCAAGACUGCGGAUGUUGGCUUCUCUAUGGGCAUUUCGGGCACCGAAGUCGCCAAGGAGGCAUCCGACAUUAUUCUUAUGGACGACAACUUCACCUCCAUCAUCAAAGCUAUGGCUUGGGGUAGGACAGUCAAUGAUGCUGUCAAGAAGUUCCUGCAGUUCCAACUUACUGUCAACGUCACGGCUGUUGUUCUCACCUUCGUUUCUGCGGUAGCUAGCGGCGAUGAGGAAUCUGUUCUGACAGCUGUUCAACUUCUCUGGGUCAACCUUAUUAUGGACACCUUUGCUGCCCUCGCCCUGGCGACCGAUCCUCCCUCCCCUCACGUUCUCGACCGUCGACCUGAACCCAAGUCAGCCCCGCUGAUCAAUUUGACCAUGUGGAAGAUGAUCAUCGGACAGAGCAUCUAUCAGUUGGUUGUCACCCUGGUUCUGAACUUUGCCGGGAAGUCGAUCUUCCACUACAGAUCGGCCGACGAGCUCGACCGGCUCGAAACAAUGGUGUUCAACACGUUCGUCUGGAUGCAAAUCUUCAACCAGUGGAAUUGUCGCCGACUGGACAACAACUUCAACAUCUUCGAGGGCAUGUGGCGGAACGUGUGGUUCCUUGGUAUCCAGCUGAUUAUCAUCGGCGGCCAAAUCCUGAUCAUCUUCGUUGGUGGACAAGCCUUUUCCGUCAAGCGGCUGAAUGGCGCGCAGUGGGGUGUUUCGCUGGUUCUGGGCGUGAUCUCACUGCCGGUAGCCGUGAUCAUCCGACUGAUUCCUGAUGAGUUCAUCAGCAGGCUUAUUCCUCGGUUCUGGCAGCGUAAGAAGGGUCCCGAGCUUCUGGUGUCCGACGAGGACCGGCGGUUCGAGUGGAACCCUGCUCUCGAGGAGAUCCGGGAUCAGUUGAAGUUCCUCAAGACGGUUCGCGGAGGUCGACUCAGACAUCUCAAACACAAGCUGCAGCAUCCAGAAGAGCUCCUCCCAAGAUCACGCAGUGGGUCGAGGUCCCGAGAAAACUCGAUCCCUGGCACCCCUGUUGGCGAACAUAGCGACAGUACUCCGACCCAGCCGCCGACUCCGGAGUCACGGUCCCGACGCCGCACUCGGUCCCGUUCGAAUUCGGCCUUCGGACCAGCUGCGGCUAUGGCCGGUGUUGUUGCGGGCAGUAUUGCAGGCUGGUCUCCGAUCGAGCGGCCAUCUGAUCAUGGAGAGGCUUUCAAGGUCCAGACCGACAGCCCUCAUGGGGGACUGGAUAAACAGAAGGGCAUUGAAAUUCACCCUGACACCGCUGCGGAUGACCGUAUCCUUGGCGAGUACCAGACUACAUCCAAGACGCCUCCUAGCCAAAACCCCGGACUCCUUCCUUUCUUCGAAUACGCACCUCCCGAGCGGGCUCCAUCCAGCCGCAGCAGGAGGUCCACGUCUCGCCUGUCACGUUCUAGCCAAAGCCAGGCGUGAUCGCAAAUGACUCUCUUCAUACCCUGAUCCUCUCCGACCUUGUAUACUUAUGAAUUGCUUUGAUAAUCCCGUUCAUCAAUUGCGCACUUGUGACUUAGGUUCUCUCUCAUGCUAGAUGUUGCUGCGCGUUGCGGUUUAAUUGCUGGCUUGCUUGUUUUUGUGGGACUCGUUUAGCCUCGUGUGGAAUACUGUUUCUAAUAUCC